GCUGUGUUUCCUCUCUUCAGCCCAGCCCUGUCCUCUGAACCCUGCACACAGCGGCUGGAGCCAUGGGCAUGUCUGCAGAGCAGGAGGAGGACUCCCGCAGCCCCAGAGAUGAGGAAUGGCCAGAAGCGGAGAAGGCUGAGAAGUUAGCAAGAGGGGCUGCUUUGAAAUGGGCCUCGGGGGUGUUUUACCGCCCGGACAAGUUGGAGGGUCUGGGACACUACCGGAGCCGGGAGGCCCAGCGGAACAUCUCGAUCCAGUCCCGGCUAAAGUCGACCGUGCAGUCGCACCUGGAGGGGGUGAGCUCGGGGCUGGAGCAGCUGCGCUCGGCAGCAGGGGACGUGCGGAGCGUGCGCCGGGACCUCUGCGCCGUGCGAUGGCACCUGCUGGGCAGUGCCGAGGGCUUCCAGAGGCUGGCGCCGCUGCGGGCUGUGGUGACAGAGCACGCGCAGCUGGCUGCCGUCGUGCGGGCUCUGCCCCAGCUCUCCUCAGUACACGAGCUCCUUGCCCAGUCCCUCCAUCUCCUCCAUGGCCAGCAGCUCCUGGAGGCCCACGCCGGGCUCAUGGCGCUGGAGCGCCUGCGGGACGACAUCUUCUCCCAGCUGCACGGCGGCAGCAGCCUCCCAAGCGACCAGGCCCUGGGCGUGGUGGAGUCCUUCUUCGGUGGCCUGCAGGAGCUGAGCGAUGCACUGGCCCAGCAGCUGUGGCGUGUCGUGGGCGGCGGCGUGAGGCUGGUGCAGGAGGACCCGGCCCUCUUCGUCUCUGCCAUGCGGAUCAUUGAGAGAGAAGAGAGUGUCGAUGAUGCCCUGCUGCUGGGUCCCCAUGCCCACCGCUUCCCCGCCCCCGGGCGCCCCAAAGCCUGGAGGCAGCGGUUCUACCAGGUCAUUCAGGAGACCAUCGCUGCUGCCCACUUCAAGGCCGCCCACGUGGACGUGAAGGGCCCGGGACUGGGCCGGCACCUGGCCACGCUGCAGAGCGACAUCCUGGCGGAGCUGCGUGUGGUGAAAGACCUGAUGGUGCAGUGCUGCCCGCCUCACUAUGACAUCCUCCGCAUCUGCACCCGCAUGUACCACCAGGGCCUCUCCGACCACCUGCAGGACAUCCUCAGCGGGGACCUGGACAAGCAAGAGAUCUUCAUGCUCCUCAGCUGGGUUCUGCAUGUGUACCAGAGCCCAGAAAUGAUGGGUCACCCAGACCUUCUCCCCGAGGUGGACGUGUCAACUCUGGCCCCCCUGGUGUCGCCAGAGGUGGUGGAGCAGAUGGAAAGGAAAUAUGUGGGGAAAGUCAAGGCCAGCGUGACUGAGUGGAUGCGGCGCACGCUGGAGGUGGAGUUCAAGGAGUGGUUCCGAGAGGAGGAGCCAGAAAUGGAUCAUCUGGGCUUCUUCCAGUCUGCCCUGCCCGUCAUCGUCAUGCAGAUGCUGGAUGAGAACAUCCGGGUGGCCUCCCUGGUCACGGCCUCUCUGCAGCAGAAGGUUUACGCUAUGGCCAUGGACGAGCUGGAGGCCUUUCUGAUCAGGCUGCGAGAGGCCCUGGGGGACUGCGGGAAGGAGCACCAGAAGGACCGAGCCAUGCCCAAGCAUUACAUCUCCUACCUGCUGGCCCUGAUCAACAACAACUUGGCGCUGAGCUCGUCCAUCUCCACUUUGCACCCCGGCAGUGCAUCUCUUGCCAAGCCCGCUGAAAUCCCCUCCUCCCUGAAGACUGCACUGGACAGGACCCAGAAGAAGGCCUGCCGGCUGCUGCUGGAGGAGCUGCUGCUGGAUUUGCAGCCCCUGUACAUGCAGCUGCCAUCCCGCAAGUGGCUGUCCGGGGCCCAGCUGGUGAACAGCAUGUGCGAGGUGAUCGACAAGUACACGAGAGACUUCUCCCACGUCAGGAACCCCGUCUUCACGUUCCUGCUGGCCGAGAGCGAGCACCUAGUCAUGACUCACUACGUGCGGGCGCUCAUGGAGAAGAAGAUGGUGUGCCGGAGCGCCGAGGAGCGGAGCCAGCUCGCCACCCGGCUGCUCCAGGACGCCGCCCAGCUGCGGGAGCUUUUCCACAACCUGGGCCUGGCCGAGAGCGAGCAGACCCUCGAGGUGAUAUUCGCCCUCCAGGAGCUCAUCCGCCUCCAGGACCCGGCCUUGCUCAGCCUGGAGGUCCUGGGAUUCAUGACGAAAUACCCCGACAUCAGCGACGAGCACGUCUCCAUCCUGCUGGAUCUGCGGGGCGACGUCUCCAAGGAGGUCCGGAACGUGGUGCUGGAAAUGAUGGCGCAGAAUCCACAGUCCCUGCCCGAAAACUACCAGCCCAUCUUCAGCAACAUCCUGGUCCCAGCUCCGGAGCUUCCCUUCUGCCUUCGCAAGAGCAAGUGUGCCUGAGACACGCACGCCGCAGCCCAGCUGUCUGCAGCCCGCCCUGGCCAGUGGUGUCUCCGAACGACGGACCUCCGAGAAGCCCUGGGUGGGGCUGGGCAGAGAC